AUGUUGCUUUGUUUGAGCCCCAAGAACAGGUAAAGAGUGUAGUUCAUUGGAAACCAUUCCUCUCUAAAGUCAAGGAAAGAGAAGCUAACCCACCAAGGCUUUUAGGCUGCUUUCAAAACAUUCUUCAUCGACAGGGAUGAAAUGUCAUUACAACUUGGGCAAAGCCGAUUUCCGGAAAAUCUAUGGCAACGUGAAAAGCUAAGUUUCUAAUUUGAUCACAAAAUAUAGGCUGGUUUCAUCUUCUCUCUUGUAAAAUUUCCAAAGUUCUCCAACAAAAAAUCGUGAGGGUAAUUCAAAAUUCGCAACCAUUCUUCGUCAAAUUUUCAAAUCUUCGGCAGAUCAUCUUAAGAUGGGUCUGUCGUUCACCAAGCUAUUUAAGCGCUUGUUUACCAAGAAGGAGAUGCGCAUUCUGAUGGUUGGUCUAGAUGCGGCUGGUAAAACCACAAUUUUGUACAAGCUCAAAUUGGGGGAAGUUGUCACUACUAUUCCUACUAUUGGAUUCAAUGUGGAGACUGUCGAGUACAAGAACAUCAGCUUCACUGUAUGGGAUGUCGGUGGUCAGGAUAAGAUUCGACCUUUGUGGAGGCACUACUUUCAGAACACACAAGGUCUUAUAUUUGUGGUGGAUAGCAACGAUCGGGAUCGUGUGUUAGAGGCUAAAGAUGAGCUACACCGGAUGCUUAGUGAGGAUGAAUUGAAAGAUGCAGUAUUGCUUGUAUUUGCAAAUAAACAAGAUCUUCCAAAUGCAAUGAACGCUGCUGAGAUCACGGAUAAGCUUGGCUUGCAUUCUCUUCGACAACGACACUGGUAUAUACAGAGCACAUGUGCAACUACCGGGGAAGGUCUGUAUGAAGGUCUGGAUUGGCUUUCCAACAAUAUUGCUAGUAAGAAACAUUAGACCCAAGUCUGUUCUAUAUAGAUUUAUAUAUAUGAAAGUCGACGUUUAUUUUUUGACUAUACAUAUAUAUACAUUUUAUAUGUAAAUGAUAAUAAUCUGAGGGUUCAUGUUGUUUUAAUUUACAUUUCUUUCAUCUUGUGAAAAA